CAUUAAUGGGGCCAUGAGGCAUCCUGCUCAUGUCCUCCACGCUUAGGUGAAGGGGGUAUUAGACGGCAGUAAUGCUGGCUGGUCUGAGUGCUCUGUCUGCUGUGUAGUCUGGGGGGGAUCGACAUGGGGAGCACCAGCAAGGUGGCCAACUUGUGGAACAGGAGACAGAGUCUCUUCCCAAACUACAAAGUCUCAGAUUCAGACGUCAAUCGGAGACCCUCGGAGAUCGCUUAUCCAUUAGCCAAGGAAAGCUGUGUGAAGACAUGGAACUCCAUGCACGAGCUGAGCAGGGACAUCUACGACAUUUAUGCCGAGUAUGAAGAUGAAGAAGAUGACAAUGCUCUGUACGGCAUCUCCAAGCACAUUUUGCCCUCCAAGAAGAACUACAUGAUCAACAUCAAUGUAGGGGGGAAGCCCUACCAGAUAGCCUACAAGAUGGCUGCCAAGUAUCCCAAGACCAGAAUAGGACGACUUGCCACCUGCACGGACCACAACAUGAAGCUGGACCUGUGCGAUGACUACAUUGUGACCAACAAUGAGUACUUCUUUGACAGGGACCCAGACGUCUUCCACAGCAUCUUCAACUUCUACAGGACUGGCGUGCUGUGGAUCAAGGACGAGUUGUGUCCCCGCAACUUCCUGGAGGAGAUCAACUACUGGGGUGUGAGGAUCAAGAACACCCACCGCUGUUGCCGCAUCUCCUUCGAAGAGAGGCAGGACGAGCUGAACGAGCAGCUGAAGAUCCAGAGGGAGCUGGAGGCAGAGGUGGAGAUCGAGGAGAACGAGGAGCUCUUUCAAGACAUGUUCUUUGGCCAGCAGCGCAGAGCCAUCUGGAAUUUGAUGGAGAUGCCGUUUUCGUCUAUCCAGGCCAAGCUGAUGGCAGUGGCCUCCAGCCUGUUUGUCCUGGUCUCCCUGGUGGCCAUGACUCUCAACACAGUGGAGGAGAUGCAAUACAGAACUCACAAAGGUCAGCUCAGUGGUAAGACAUACUGGGAAUACGUGGAGUCCAUGUGCAUCGCCUUCUUCACCAUGGAGUACCUGCUCCGUCUGGUGUCCACCCCUGACCUCAAGUCCUUCAGCAGGAGCGUGCUCAACACCGUGGACCUGAUCGCCAUCCUGCCUCAGUAUGUGCAGGCCACCCUGGAGUUCUUUGACAACCAUGAAAACUACAUGAAGCACGAGGCCGACAUGCAGGCGGUGGGUCAGGUCGGAAAGCUGGGCCAAGUGUUGCGGAUCAGUAGACUGAUGCGAAUCUUUCGCAUCUUGAAACUGGCGCGCCACUCCACGGGCCUGCGGGCGUUUGGCUUCACUCUGCGUCAGUGCUACCAGCAAGUGGGCUGCCUCUUCCUUUUCAUCGCCAUGGGCAUCUUCAGCUUCUCCGCCAUGGUUUACACCGUGGAGCAUGACAUGCCGCAAACAAACUUCACCAGCAUUCCUGCGGCAUGGUGGUGGGCAGCAGUCAGCAUCUCCACCGUGGGCUACGGAGACAUCUACCCAGAGACCAUGCUGGGCCGCUGCUUCGCUUUCGUCUGCAUCUCUUUUGGAAUCAUCCUCAACGGCCUGCCCAUCUCCAUCCUCUUCAACAAGUUCUCAGACUAUUACGCCAAACUCAAGUCCAAUCAGUACACAUCCUGCGUGAAGAAUCGAGGGAAGAUGAGAAUUUCGCAGAGAACAGUGAACAGUUUCAACCAUUGCUUUGGAAGUCCCGCACCCUGAUAUCUUACGUGUCUUUUUUAUAAAGAAACAAUAUGCUUGAUUGUGAAACUGUGCAAACCAAAUUGUAUAUGAUGGGGAGUAAUAGAUGGAACAGCGACAAAUGAUGAGGGUUCAACCCCCAGUAGUGGCACAUCUGGCCAUGCAUUCCAGUAAAUUGGCAGCUUCAGAGAUCACACAAGCACAUGCCUAUCUACACCCUCUCCAAGCCAAUUAGUAGUGAAAAGGACAACUGCUUAGGGGAGGAAUUUGCAAUACAACAUGGCAACAACAAGGGGGAGAAAAUUAAUCAGUAUGACUGACUGAUUUCUUAAAAUAUUUGCUUUUUGUAUACAGAUAUUUUAUACAUACUAAAUUUCUCAGUCAAAAAUGAAAAAUACAAAAAGAUGAAAGGAAUAUCCACAAGUAGUUUAGCCUUCUUAUUAACAUAUAUUUCUAUUAUCAUACAGAGAAAUUACACAAAACUGGCUUCCUUUUCAGUGAUAAGCUCUUCUGUCCAUCAUUACAAAUUAAAAUCAUGUGUAUAAGCAUUCUUCAAAACCAACAGAAGAUCUCAGUUUACAAAUUGACUGUAUCAGAUAUGUCAGGUGGAAUUUUCGGGAAACAUGUAUAAAGUGAUGCAAAACACAUCUACAAUAUUUUUAUAUUAUGUAAUUGUGCAGCUGCGCAAAUGUGGAUAUUUCUCUCUAUAGUUAUCAUGUGGCUUCAUUGAAGUUGGAACAAGAAUAUAAGGAAUGUGCUUACUAGGGCUGUCAAAGGUAACGCGAUAACGCGUUAAUGCAAAUUUGUUUUAACACCACUAAUUUUCUUUAACGCAUUAACGCAAACGAUCUUUCAGAGGUUGUAGCAGGCUCAAUUUUAAAGCUAGAGUUAAGAUACUGGCAUCAUAUGAAACUAGAAAACCCAAGGAGUCAGUUGGUAUCACCUCAUAUGUAUAUAGCUUGUCGCGAAGGUGGUUAAAUAACGCUCUAAACUGAACUUUGGCAAGGAAAAACUGGCAUGGACACUUUCAAAGGGGUCCCUUGACCUUUGACCUCAAGAUAUGUAAAUGAAAAUGUGUUCUA